GUUUUUUCGACUACUUCCUGUAAACCCCCUCCUCCGUGUUGUUGAACAAGCGGGAAUGAUCCAAUUUUUUUACGUAAGCUACGUCAACACGCGUUGUGCUAACCACAGGGAUCAAUACAACCAGCGCUCUAUUACAUUUCUUAAUUUCUGUGAUGGAAGCUACACGUCGGGAAACAUACUUGAUAACAGGAGGGUGCGGAUAUUUUGGUUAUCGCCUGGCAACCCACCUUCACAAAAAAGGAGCCAAAAUCAUCCUCUUUGACAUCAUCCGUCCAAAGCUAGAGGUCCCGGAAGGAAUGGUGUUCCUGAAGGGUGACAUACGAAGCUGCUCCCAAGUUGGGAACGCUGUUGCCGGUGUGGACUGCGUAUUCCACAUCGCUUCCUACGGGAUGUCUGGCAGGGAGCAACUGAACCGAGACCUGAUUGAAGCUGUAAAUGUUCAAGGCACUCAGAAUGUCAUCAAGGCCUGUUUGGAAAAUGGAGUCCCCAGACUGGUAUACACCAGCACCUUCAAUGUGGUCUUUGGGGGUCAGGAGAUACAGAACGGAGACGAAACCCUACCUUACUUGCCCCUCCAUCUUCACCCGGACCACUAUUCCCGAACCAAGUCCCUGGCGGAGAUGGCUGUGUUAAAAUCAAAUGGAGUCCCACUGACGGAUGGUUCAGGGGUGCUGAGAACGUGCGCACUGCGCCCGGCAGGUAUCUACGGGCCCGGCGAACAGCGGCAUCUACCACGGAUUGUGGGCUACAUCGAGAAAGGCAUCUUUAGGUUUGUUUACGGCAAACCGAGCAGCCUGGUGGAGUUUGUGCAUGUGGACAACCUGGCGUCGGCACACAUGUUGGCCGCGGACGCUUUAACCGCCACGAGGCAACACCGCUCUGCAGGCCAGGCCUACUUCAUCUCUGACGGACAGCCUGUUAAUAACUUUGAGUUCUUCAGGCCUCUCGUUGAAGGUCUGGGCUACCCGUUCCCCACACUGCGGCUCCCCAUCGGACUUAUUUACUUCGUUGCCUUUCUCACCGAAAUGAUCCAUCACCUUGUGGGACCGUUGUAUAACUUCCAGCCGCUGCUGACGCGCACGGAGGUGUACAAAACGGGCGUGACGCACUACUUCAGCAUGGCCAAAGCCGAGGCCCAGCUGGGCUACCGUCCGCAGGAGUACGACCUGCGUGAGGUUGUCGAUUGGUUCCGCAGCAGAGGCCACGGGAGGAAACGGCAACGCUCCGGCUUCAGUCGACUCGUGGUUAAUUUUCUGUUGGCCGCUGCCUUUGUGGCGGCGCUGCUCUCUUUUCUGCCAGUUGUUGGCAGCAGAUAACACGCUAAAGGACAAGACAGCACAUUAUGCUAGCAGAGAUACUGGACGUACUGCAUGGGGUCUCAAACUCAAUUUAACUGGGGGCCACUGGAGCUAGGGUCUGGGCAAGGCUGGGCCGCAUCAGGUUUUCCAAAAAAAAAAAACAACGCUUUUAUUAAAAACAGAAAAAUAUACAAACUUUUUCAGUGCUUUGGUUCCGAUUUUUUACAAUAAAAGCUCUGAUAAAACAUUCCACUGUUCUCAAAUAUCUUAUUUUUCUGCACAAAAUAUGAAAAAUAAAUAAACAAAUCAAGAAUAAAGAAAAUCAAUCAGUAAUAAAUAAAUAAAUAUAAUAAUAAUAAUAAAACGGCAAAUAAUAAAAACUUAAGAAACCACAUAUAGUUGGUGGGUAAACAAAUUAUUUUUGUCAGAUUAAAAUGAACAAAGCAUUAUUAGAGCCCUGUAGACAUGACAAAACACAACUAUAGUCACAUUUAUACUCUUUUUAUUUACAACAUAUUGCGCAACUGCAGGGUCUUGAGACACAUGCUAACUCGCAAACUAGAGAGCUAGCCACCUAAACGGUAGCCUUCAAGUUAUUUCCUUUAAACUUAAAUAGCCAAAAACUUACCACUUCCACACGGAUAGGGAGGAUAAGUAUUAACAGUUAUUUAACCUUUAACAUGAACAUUAAUCAUUCAUUCAUUUUCUACCGCUUUUUCCUCACGAGGGUCGAAACAAUACAAGCAGUUGAUGUUUGCUAAAUACAAGGAUGAAGAGUCUUGAACCAGUCAUGAUGUGCUAUAUAUAUCACUAUAUUGACAUGCACUAUGGUACCCAUUAUGGCAUUGGAUGCUCAUAUCACCUCGUAAAAUAAAAAUUAAUAAAUUAAAUUUAAAUUAAAUUAAAUAAAUGUUUAAUUAAAUUAAAUGUACUUUAAUUUAAGUAAACAAAAAUUAAAUUUAAGUGAAUAAAAAUUACAUUUAAGUAAAUAAAAAAUACAUUUAAGUAAAUACAAAUUUAAUUUAAUUAAGAAAGCAGGAAGUGAACAAAUGUAACAGUUACUGAUUGUAAAAGUACCAGAUGGAGGGUUGUACGACUGCAUUUUUCUGCCAUCUUAUGGGGGGUUGCCUACAGCCACAGCUACCGAUGUUGUUUGACCCAGCGCUAAUUUGAGCUCAUAUUAGGGGACAUUGAAGUUAACGUUUAUAUAAGCAGUGCUGAAAAGUCGCAGUUGUCUUUUUUCAAUGUUACUGAAUUAAAGUCAUUGUACACUUUAUUUAUUUAGCAUCCACUAUUGUUAGCAUCGUGGUGAUAGCAAACUGUACUGAAGCGUGAGAAACAAA